AUGGCAGCAGCAAAGAAGAUCAUCUUGAUUACCGGCGCAACCAGCGGCAUCGGCUUUGAGCUGGCGGCACAACUAGCGGCAAAGGGCUCAUACCAUGUGUUGAUGGGAGCAAGAUCACUUGAAAAGGGCAAUGCCUCUCUAAGCGCACUCAAGGCUCAAAAUUUAGCCGGCGCCAUUGAGAUGCUCCACCUGGACGUUACCCAGGAUGACACCAUCGAGCGUGCGGUAGCGACGGUUGAGCGCAACUUCGGCAAAUUAGACAUUCUCGUCAACAAUGCAGCCAUCGCAGCCAUGAGCCCUCCACUUCGUCAGCAGAUGCAAGACGCAUUCAAUACCAACGCCACGGGGCCGCUCCUCGUCGGCAGCGCAUUUGCGCCGCUUCUACGAGCGUCGAGUGAUUCUCCCCGGAUCGUGAAUAUUUCCAGUGGAGCGGGCUCCAUUGGUCGUCGACUAGAUCCUUCUUCGCCUCUCUACAAGGUUCACGGGCAGUAUCAGUACCGUGCCAGCAAAGCGGCACUUAAUAUGGUUACAGCUUGCCAGUACGUGGAGUACGGGCCAGAAAUCAAGGUCUUUGCGUACGACCCCGGAUUCACGCAGUCGAAUCUAAGCCCGCAUAACGUUGCGGAACAUGGGGCUCGGGCGGCAUCGGACUCGGUGAUGCCACUGGUGGAUGUCUUGGAAGGGAGGCGGGAUGAUGAGGCGGGUCGGUUGCUGCACAAUACGGGGACAUAUCCGUGGUAG